ACUCACUCCCUCGUAACAUACAAAUUAGGGGAACACUCUCACUCUCACUGAUACAAAUUAGGGCAAAAUUAGCCAUUGAAUAUGAAGAGAAUUUCUUCGAGUUACUCCUACAAGGGCAUUUCUCAUUCUUGUUCAGCAAUUAGAGCUUAUUCUUCAUGCCAUAUCAAUGACAAAUUCAUUUCAGUAAAGGGUAAACUUGGGUUUAAUAGCAAGAUUGAGAAGGUCAAAUGUUUAGAUGAAGCUGUUACUCUCUUCCAUCAAAUGGUCAUAAUGAAGCCUCUUCCUUCAGUUCCCGUCUUCUGUAAAUUAUUUAACACUAUUCUAAAUAUGAAGCAUUACUCUGCUGUUGUUUCUCUUUUCAGAGAAAUGCGGAAAUUGGGUAUCCCAAUUAAUGCAUUCAUCUUGAAUAUCGUGAUUAACAGUUACUGCCUGAUGCAUCGUGCUGAUUGUGCAUUUUCUGUAUUACCCAUUUACUUGAAGAAUGGCAUUCCAUUUAGUGUUGUCACCUUUAGCACCCUAUUAAGGGGAAUCUUUGCUGAAAAUAAGGUCAAAGAUGCAGUUGAAUUGUUUAAAAAAUUGGUGAGGGAGAAUAUUUGUGAGCCCAACGAAGUCACGUAUGCAAUCGUCAUGAAUGGGCUCAGCAAAAGAGGACAUACUCAAAAAACUUUUAGUUUGCUCCGCUUAAUGGAGCAAGGGAACACUAAGCCUGACAGAUGCAUCUACAACAUUGUCAUAGAUGCCUUUUGUAAGGAUGGAAACUUAGAUGUUGCUAUCAACCUUUUGGACGAGAUGAAGCGGAAAGGCAUUCCUCCAAACAUAGUCACUUAUAGUUCAUUAAUUGAUGGUUUGUGUAAGCUUGGUCAGUGGGAGAAUGUUAGGAUUUUGUUCUCUGACAUGGUAAGUCUUAAAAUUUAUCCAGAUGUGCGGACCUUUACCACAAUGAUUGAUGGACUAUGCAAAGAAGGAAAAGUUGAAGAUGCUGAGGAAGUAAUGAGACACAUGACCGAUAAAGGUGUAGAGCCGGAUAUAAUCACCUACAGUGCGAUAAUGGAUGGAUAUUGUUUGCGUGGUCAACUGGAUAGAGCGAGGAGAGUUUUUGAUUUCAUGAUAGAUAAGAGCAUUAAACCUAACAUUAUUUGCUAUAGCAUACUAAUAAACAGAUAUUGUAAGAAAAAGAAACUUGUCGAGGCCAUGCAAUUGUUUCAUGAAAUUUCUCAAAAGGGAUCAAAACCUAAUGUUGUUACGUACACUACUAUCUUGCAAGGUCUUUUUGAAGUUGGAAGAAUAGGAGAUGCAAAAGAAUUCUUUUGUGAGAUGCUAUCUACAGGGCCGGUACCUGAUUUAUACACUCAUUGCACUUUGCUCAAUGGGUAUUUUAAGUACGGACUUGUUGAAGAGGCUAUGUCACUCUUUCAUAAGUUGGAAAGAAAGAGAGAAAAUACUAAUAUUAUAUUUUACAAUAUCAUCAUUAGUGGAUUGUGCAAAAAUGGUAAACUCGACAAAGCUCGUGCUAUUUUUGAGAAGCUUUUCUUAAUUGGAUUCCUUCCGAAUACAAGAACAUACAAUACAAUGAUAAAGGGAUUUUGUCUUGAAGGUUUGUUCGAUGAAGCUAAAGAUAUGCUAAGAAGAAUGGAAAACAAUGGUUGUUUGUCAGACAAUUUCACUUAUAAUGUGUUUGUGCAAGGAUUUCUCAGUUGUAGCAAAAUUAGUGAGAUGAAAACCUUUAUGAAGGAAAUGACUGGAAGGGGCUUCUCAUUUGAUGCAACUACAGCUGAGUUAUUGGUAAAUGUUAUAGGGGAGAGUCCUUGCAUCCUUGACAUGAUACCAGAACUUCACGCGGAAAAUAAGAAGUGAAUAUUUCUUUCGUUUGGUUUAUUUGGCUAUUAUAACAACAACAUACCCAGUGUAAUCCCACUAUACCUGUGAUACAUUUUCCUUUUUAUCCUUGCAAAAGAAAUGGCAUCCAAUGCAAUUGCAGAACCUGACGGCAAUUAGAACGUUGCUUGAGCUUUGCCGGAGGUUUAUUUAGGAGGUCAUAUGGAGAAGGCUUUAAUGGGAGGUGGUGUUUCUGGUUCCUUGUUGUUGAUAGCAUUGCUGGAAGGUGCUGAUUGUGCUGUUAUUCAAGUGCCAGCAGUUGAGGAGAGUAUUGAAAGGAAGAAGGCAUUUCAAAAAGGCGAACAGGAUGGUAUGAAGCUGCUUGAACUUCUUGGAGUGCAAGUCCUAAAAGUAAAUGGAGAAUGUGAAGUACUCGUUGCACAGUUGACUAGAGAAGGACACAUUGAUGUUUGUAUUAAUGUUGAAGGUGAUUCAAUUCCCUUUGGAAUCAGAAGCAUUAUUAAAAGUACCCAAUCUAACUCCCUAGAGGCAUUUGAAUAUUAUCAAAUGUUAAAAAUUGAGUCUGGUCAUGAGUUGAGGAGGAAACGCAUGACGGUAAGUUCAUUUUUGGUGGGAAAUGGCCACAACUUGACUGUUGUGACAUUUGAAAUAGAAAAACCUUCUUUGCAUGAUAGAGCAAAGAUAUCUUUUGAAGAUAGCAUUUACUUUGAUCAAUUUACUGGCUUGUAUGAGGAAAUGGGAUACACUCGUUCAGACAUUUGGAAGUCGCACUAUGCAAAUUCCUGUCUUCUCUUUAAUUGUGUCAAGCCAGUCAACUUUGGUAUAUCGCGAUGGCUUAUAAUAGUCAAUCAAGUUAUCGGCUUAUUAAUCAUUGGUGACGGGAACUUGCUUGUUGUGUUGAUUAACUCAAAGGAGUAUAAUGAUUUCAUUGCAAGAACUCUUGGAUUCAGUGGAUUUAUUUUGAAUUCCAGCAGAUUUGAACCUUGUGGUUCUACUCAGUUACGCUCCAUGACGUAUAGGGCAUUGUUUGAUCCGGGAAGAUAUAUCUAUGAACUUGCACUAAUGCUUUGUGUUGAAGAUAACAUAAUUUUUGGCUGUUUGCUUUACGUCUCUGCCCCACCUCAUUUCUUGUACACUGGUGAGCACACUCCGAUGCUAACUGUAAUUCAAGAUUAAGGUGUACAUGCCAAUCAUUCAGUACAGAAGUUUAUUCGAGUUGAUUCUCUUGUUGCAACUACGAUAAGUCAUACACUGGUUUUUGUUAUGAAGAUGAUGGUUCUCUUAGUCUCAAAGUAUUCACAUGGGAUUUUGCCCCCUUCUUUCCACUUAAAAGUAACUAGUGCAUUUGUCCACGCUUCGUGCAGUCAUAAAAAUACCUCGUUAAAUUCACAAAACAAAUUUUAAAUAUUCUAGCUCUAAAAAUAUUCUAAAGAUUCUUUUUAGUGUUUCAAUCCAAUUAAAUAGGAUUUUCAGUUUAAAUUCAUGUUGGUGUCAACGCUUUGUUUUUCUUUUUUCUUUUGUAAUAUUGGAUGUCAUUAAAAACGUUUGAGCGAUAAAUAUGAUUUAGUUUAAAUUUUUUAUUUUUACUCUUAAUGACAUGAUUUUACCUAAUAAGAAAUUCAUCGCAUAUUAAAGAUCGCAAAUUUUUUUUUUUUUUUUUUUUUAGUUUUAUGACACGUUUAUCACAUUCAUAUACAAUAGCUGACAUGCUACAAUCUACAUAUUGUACUAUUAAUUAAGAAACAACAAUAUUAUACAUGAUAGCUUUGGAAAAUAAUAUUCGAUAUAGUUUUGUACUAAUGUUAGCUUUCAGGAUUAAUCAAAGGAAAUUAUUGCUUUGAGAAACUGUACAAACUUACAAAGGAUAGGAGAAUGACCAAUGUGGUUUAGGUUAUUAUAGUAAAAACCUAGACAGGGAGAAAGCAAAUUAAAAAAAAAAAAAAAAAAAAAAAA